GACGUCACUGGGCGUGCGCCCGCUCGGUGCGCCGCAGCCCCGCGCACGUGUCGCCGCCAUGAGCUGCCCGGUGACGUGCGCCGCCUGGGUGCGCCGCGGCGUUGCCAAGGAGACGCCGGACAAGGUGCAGCUCAGCAGGGAGGAGUUAAGGCGGCUCGUCGGGGAGGCCCGCGGCAGGCUGCGGGAGGGCUCUGAUGGCAGCGAUGAAGAAGAUCAGGGCCAGGCAGCGGAUGGCAUGGAGGUUGCCAUGGCUGACAGGGCUGAGUCGCCUCCUGACAAUGAAGAGCAGGAGGAGGGCGCUGAGAAGCUGACUGACGAUGAACUGGCUGAGUAUGAUUUAGACAAGUAUGAUGAAGAGGAAGGCGGAGGUGAUACCAAACUUGGAGAGACUUUGGCUGGGCUGGCAGUAUACGGGAGCAACGAUCAGGAUCCUUAUAUCACUCUGAAGAACACUGAUCAAUACGAACAGGAGGACUUUCUGAUUAAGCCCAACGACAAUCUUGUCCUUUGUGGCAGAGUCGAUAAAGACUACUGUAGUUUGGAGGUCCACGUUUAUAAUCAUGAAGAAGACUCGUUUUAUGUACAUCAUGAUAUCAUCUUGCCUGCUUAUCCUCUAAGUUUGGAGUGGUUGAAUUUUGAUCCUAAUCCUGAGGAGUCAUCAGGCAAUUACGUUGCAGUGGGUAACAUGACCCCGGUUAUUGACAUCUGGGACCUUGAUAUAGUGGACUGCUUAGAACCUGUCUUUUCUCUUGGGAGCAAGAAAGAGAAAAAGAAGAAAAAGAAAGGAAAGAAAGGUUUGCCUCAGGAAGGGACGGUGGAAGGACACGCUGAUGCUGUUCUCGAUCUCUCAUGGAAUAAACAAAGCAGGAAUGUUUUGGCAAGUGCUUCUGCUGACAGCACUGUGAUUUUGUGGGAUAUGUCUGUGGGCAAACCAGCAGCCAGCCUGACACUACACACAGACAAGGUCCAGACAUUGCAGUUUCAUCCCUUUGAAACCCAGACCCUUAUUUCCGGAUCUUACGAUAAAUCAGCUGUGCUGUAUGAUUGCAGAAGCCCACAAGAUAACCAUCGAAUCUGGCGGUUUAGUGGUCAGGUUGAAAGAGUAACUUGGAAUCAUUUUUCACCUUGUAAUUUCUUAGCAAGCACAGAGGAUGGCUUUGUGUACUGCCUGGAUGCUCGCUCUGAUAAGCCACUGUUUACUCUGAAGGCUCAUGACGAAGAAGUAUCAGGGCUACAACUAAGCAGUCAGGUCAAAGGGUGCCUUGUGACAUCAUCUGCUGACAAAUACGUGAAAAUUUGGGAUAUCCUGGGAGGCAAACCAAGUUUAAUCCAUUCCAGGGAUAUGAAAAUGGGCGUUCUCUUCUGCGCAGCUUGCUGCCCUGACUUCCCAUUUGUUUUUGCCUUUGGAGGAGAGCGAGAAGGGCUGCGUGUCUGGGAUAUAAGCAGCAUUUCUGCAGUGAAUGAAGUUUUUGGGAACAGAGAGAGACUUGUUCUGGCUGGUGCAAACUCUGUGGCUUGCAGCUCCUUGGCCGGUAGUAGCAGCAACAGUUCAGAGACGGCGAUGGAAUCGUGAUGGACCAAACCUCACAAAAUCAAAGUAACCGAAGGGACUGCAGCUCAGGUGUAUUCUACUAAUUCCCCUGUUUGGAGAGCGUUUGUGGAGGUGACUCAUGUUGUGCAAACUGCAGGCUUCUUUAUCUCAAAGAAACACGGACACGUGGGUCAGCUCCCAAAUCCGCAGCUGCGAGUUCUGCCUCUCUCACCAGCUUCAAAAGACUGAAUCACUUCCAUAUGCUUGAGUUCACAAUCCCUGAAUUAGGGGCUCCUGGGUGCAGAGUUGAUAUACAAGGUGAAAUCCUCUGUCAGAGGUUUGUCAAAUACUGCAAAGAAGGUAAAAUCUCUCCUAAUGGUGUUAAGGAACAACGCUUCAGCCAACAGUUGCGUAAUGUCAGACAGAUGCUGGGUGAAACGGCAGCUGUAAAUAGUCAGAUAAUUUAUCCUUAAUUUGAGACUGGAUUGACUAAAAUUCUCAUACAGAUUUUAAGCUUUUUUGUAUUUAAGGUUUUUUUUUGAAUCUUAAGAGUAUUUCUUGGGUAGUACGGCUGAGUCCCUGAGUAGAAUCCUGAAAUGUAUCACUGGAGAUCACCACAAUCAAACCAGAAACAUCUCUGCUCUGUCCCACCAUGACCAAGGGUUUCUUUCCCCUAGUUCCCUUUCAGUCAGGGGUUAGGUUGACACUCAGUUGAUUUAUAGCAGCAGAAACCUCAUUAAGGCUCCUCACAUUUAAAAUGAGCACCAGGUGCCUUACUGGUCAGAAGGCCAGAAGAAGUUAAAUGGAUACUCUUAACUCCUGUGAGGUGCUUCCCUAGCCACAUAUUGGAAGGUGAUUAGUAAAGGUGUCUAUUAAAGCAGAGUGGGGUCAGUGCACACAGUUUACAAGCUGUUACUGCUGCUUUCCACCCUAGCUCAUUGUAACUUCCUCUGGUCAUUAGCAGACAAAUGAUUGGCAUAGACUGCCCUUGGGAAGAGAUAGGGCUGUAGGUUUCUGUCCCAACCCUUGAAAUAAGUGCCUGCUUCUGACUUGAGCUUCAAAAGGCUCUUUCCAACAUAAACGAUUCUAUGAUGCCAGUUCAGCUGUUCCCAGGCUGGUGCCAGGUGUUUGGAAUGGCUCUGCAGGAACCAACAAAAAAUUCUUGCAUGUGCCAGGAGCCCUGCCCCACUCUGCCAGGCCUCCGUGAGUGGGUUUGUGAAUCUGAAGAAAGUGAAAGCACCAGAACCACCUCUGGUCCUGUGCUCUGCACUGAAAAGCUGCAAGCUUUUCCGAGCUUUCAUUAGAAAUAAAUAAAUGCUUCGUGUUAAGUUC